GAUACCCAACUUUAUUUGUAUCAAACUUUUCUGAGAAAAUUUCUGAUGAAAUGUGUAGUCUCACAAUUGUAGGCAUACAAUUUUCAAUACAAGGUUGUUGCUAGAAAUGCCCUUUUCAGCAAAAUGUCCAAGAAACUCAUUUUUUGCAUUUACUACAAAAUUAAAGAUAUGAUUACAAAGCCUGUUUUUUCUUAUAAAGCUAACAAAAUAAAAUGUUCGAGAAGUUUAUUCAUUUGGAUCGCAUUUGCAAGAGAACAGAUAAUCACUUGCCUUAUUUUUGAUUUGCAAACUAAUUACACUCGAUAGAAUCUUUCCACUUUUUGAAAUGCUAAUGAAAAUAUGGAAAAAGGGGAUCGUUUGUCUAAGGAAAUGUAGGUCUACUGUAAGUUAUUAGCACAAAAAUUAUUGGGUUGGUUUGCAGCUUGUGGAAUUAGUGAUCAUGCCUGUAUGGGUGCACAUUUAACAAAAAAUUAAACUUUGUUUCCUGGUGUACAUAGUGUACACUGUACAAUAUACAAAUGAUGCAAGCACAUGAGUUCAUGAUGCGAUCUAUCGUCACUCGAGUUGAGGCUCUGUUCAAUCCACUGCUGUUAGGCUGAGUGCAAUGGGUUGAACACAGCCUCAACGAGAGUGGAUAGGUUGCAUAAUGAACGAAUGAAGACAUGCAUCAUUUGGUUUAUACAACGACUGUUAUUUGACAAACUAGAAAGAAAAAAAAAAAAGAAGAUGGAAUUAAAAUAUAUUUGCCUUUGUCCGAUGAAAACAUGAUUAUUUUCCGUGUAUGAAAGCAGUUAAAUGUUUUUGUACUUUUGUGAUGCACUUUGAUUCAUGAAUCUGAGUGCGCUCAGACAGCCUUGUUGAUGCGCUUACAUGUACUUCAAUGUGUGCAAACACCCACGCAUGUACAUACAAAAUGUACGUACACAAACAUGAUCAGUCGUACAAACUGAAAAAUGGAAAAUAAAAUUUUCAUGCAGCACAAAGUGGAUCAAAUAUUGAAUGGCUCUCAACCAAUCAAAUUACAGGAAUCUUUGUAUGAGUUGUAUAAUACAAUCUAGUCUAUAUGUAGAGUACAAUACAUUUUUGUUUAAAUCCGUCUGAAUGGCUGUUGUACUGUUCUUUCAUGUUCACUUGAAAGCUUUUUGGGUGGAGAAGUCAUGACAUUUACACAGCUGUUUCACCUAGUGUCGAGCAAGGCACAUCAGUGGACGAUAGAUCUUUAACUUGCUCAAAAGCAAGCAGACAAAUAUUUUGUGAAGGAUGUUACGAGGCCCAUCUACCAGAGUUUUCAAUCUAUUCCUGAUAUCCCCAAUAUUUCUGAUCCAGCAAGUUACUUUGGUCAAAAUGAAUUGAAGAUUAUUUGCAAUGGACAUCUGAUGCUAUUAGAGAGAUGAUCUUAAAGAUAAAUACCAGUAGUGGUAAUGAUCUCAAAAUGAGAGAAUCCAAUGAAAUUACCACCAAAGUUUUUAUGUUUGUGUCAAAUAGCUCUUGAAAUUAGCACAGAAUUUCAUCAAAUAUCUCAUAUUUUUCGAAGCAAUGUUAAUACACUGUCCCACAUAUAUGCUUUUCUGUGUUAGUGAUCAUCAGAGUUAUAGAUUUUGAGCUAAGAUUUCAUGAUUUUACAAAGAUAAAUUUACACCAAUGUACCAGAUCUAGAUAUAUGAUAAUAUUUGGACAAUUAACCUUUAUUUAAAAGACUUUCUCAUGAAACAAUUGUUUGCUGCAACUACUGUCUAUUACCUUUAAUAUCAAGCUUUCAGUCUCAAGUCAAUGUAUAGUAUAAUUUGCAAUGAAAUAUGCUGCUGAUUGCACCUCCAUUGCAAAUGAUCUUUAUAUUAUUCUAAUCAGAAUAACUUGCUAGAUCAGAAAUAGUGCGAGUAACAAAUAAUUUGACAACUAAUAGUCUAUUUCAAAAUUAUCCAGCUAAUUUGCAGGUUUCAAGUGGUGAUACUUCAGUUUUAGCUUAGGGUAAUUUAUGGCACCACAUACAUUAUUCAGACAUGGGAGCCCAAGAAAGUGUGCAGGUUAAGGUCAUAUUCCAUGCCUAUGCAGAAUACCUUCACUUUAAUAGGCUGAUGGAGAUGGGUUUUCUAUAAUCUCAAGAUUUAGCAAUAUAAUGUACAUGGAAAAACUACUGCAUUUUCAAUCACAAUUUAUUAGGGGGAAAUGCUUAGUUCUCUGUUUCUCCAAAAAUGGUUGUUUUUGAAUUUUUUAAAAAGAAACUUGAUUUAUAUUUGGAAAUCAAAUUGAAGAAUGCAUGUAGUCUGUUUUACCCUUUACCCUUAUAUGAUCAAUGCUUGUUUAUCUAUCUCCUUUUGUAUGCAGGUGGGUCAGUUCAGAGUGGUGCUGAUGUCACAUCCCAAGCAUCUGAUGAUCAUCAUUCAGCUGUAGCAUCAUCAGUGAUAUCUUCAAGAGGUAGCUUUUCAGGAUCCCAUGAUAACAUCUCGAGCUCAAGAGAGUACAUGCCUUUAGAAUCAUUGUCGUCAUCACCAAAGCCAGGAAAUGUUACCCCUCACCCAGAACAAUGGGUCAGGUUUGGAGACUCUAGGAAAGUUGUGAGUUCAACCCCAUUGAAGAGUGUGGUCCCAGUAAAGGGGAUUAGUGAAGAAAAUGGUAGUCUGGACACCUCUAGAGUGUCCAGUCCUGCUCCUGCCCAGUGGGUGCAGUUCAAUUAUGACAAUGAUGUGACAAUAUCUUCAACAUCCUCUAGACCAUCACCUGUUUUAUCAUCUUGUGAGAACUCUAUCACUCAAGAAUGUCCUGUAGAGGAACUACAUGUUAGUGCAAUGAGGGACAGCAGACCUCUUGAGACUACCAAAAAGGAACAUGCUACUCCUAGUCAUAUUCAAGUAAAGAAACUAAAACAGGAAGAUAUAAGUUUUGGCAUUCACAUAAAUUCCUCAAGGACAGUUACAGCCACUUCAACCCCUGUUCACAUGACUGACCAUGCGCAUGAUUUAGAAGUAUCCAUGUUAUCUGAAGUAGCUUCUGCUUCUGAUUCAAAGUAUGAAACAGCUUCUCCUGGAAACCCUUUUAAAGCAGAUAUGUUGACUCUGAAGCAGUUAGAGAAACAAAAAGUUAUGGAGGAACAGGUUCGGAGGACUGUCUCACCAUACAACCCCUUCCUCAACUUGAGCGGGUCAGAGUUGGUAACCACACCUGUUAAAUCAAAUGCACCUUCCACAUGGACAACCUUUGAUGAUACAGAUGGUGCUUCAGCAAAUAAUCAGAAAGUGCCAAGCAGUCCAGGUAAUCCAUUUGCAGAUAUAGCAGUAGCUUCUAAUGUUCCCAACAGAUCUAAUGUGUCUGCAUCAUUUACACCACAGCAGCAAGUACAGGGACAAGCUAUUUUUGCUGCUGCUGCAGCUGCACAACAAAGUGCGGCAGCUGCCCAACAAAAUGUAUCAGCUGCACAACCUGUGAGGCAAGUCAUGGCAGUACAACCAUUGAUGCAGUCCAGUGCUGUGCAACAUGAUGAUAAACUAACUACAGCCAUCCUCUCUCCCGCUUCAUAUGCAUCUCAGCCAGUAAGUCCAAUUGGUAUGAAGCCUAAUCAGUGGCAGCAGCAGCAACAGUUCUUUCCAACAUCUCCUCAGAGUGGCUAUUCUUCAACACAUCAGAACAUUUCUCUAGGCAAGCAGACACUUGCAGCCAUUGUUUCGCCUACAACAACAUCAAUUACAGAGGGGAGUGAUAUGCCUGACAGUGGUAAACUCGCUUUCAACACCCAGACAAGCAUAAAGUCAAAUUUAUCAUCUCCUUAUAGUGACAAGCUAUUCCAGGAUCAGUACCCUCGUGAGCAAGAGGAUCUGUCAAUAGGAUGGCCUCUAAAACUCAGAGUUCCCGAUAAAAAACGCAUUGCAGGCUCACGUUCCUGGCAGCCUAUCCAUGUAAAACUAGCUGAAGGAAACAUCCUUCAGUUAUAUUAUGACAGGACUAGAAAGGAACCAUUCCGUGAACUGCCCUUGCAGAGCAACUAUGAGAUAAGCCAUCCAAAUCUUCAGCAGUUUGAUUACAAGGGUAAAAUACACACAAUUAAACUUUUGUACAUCUCCUACAAAGAAAAACGGAGAGUGAGUGCCAAAUCCAUGUACGAAAAAGAAUCCCACCUUGAAGAACUUAUGAAGCUUGGUUCUCUUGAUUUUAAGGUGUUCCAGAGCUUUGUGUUUACUAUCAAUGAUGCCUUGAUGAAAUUGACCCUUUACCAGGAUAGAGGCGCUCACUACCAACAGGACAUGAUAAAAGUUGUUGUUUCUGAUGAAUGCCGUUGCUUUGUGAAUGACAAUGGAGAUACUUUGCGGCAAUCCAUAUCUGUUAGCCUCAAUAUCUUGUCCUUUCUCUCCGGAAGCCCUGACUGUGCAAUAGGUCUUAAUGAUGUCCAGAUCAAAGGCAUGGAUGUUGUUGCCAGACAACACAUCAUCCCAAAUAAAACCUCGGAUUGGAUCAAGAUGAAUGAUGUAGAACUACACAAGUGUGCAAAUAAGAAUGUGUUUGUGGACUCCCGCAUGAUUGAGUUUCAGCCAUUGAAUGCCUGUCGCUUUAGACUCAUGCAAUUUCAUAUACAGCCUUCAGAAGAUGAGGACCUCCCCCUACAGGUCAAGGCUGCUUUUUCUGGUGAAGGCACACAUAUGGAACUUAGAGUGGAUCUGCUGGUACCAGCCUGCUCUGGAAAGAGAAACCCCAACCAUUUCCUGUGUGAAAACAUCCUUGUCCACAUUCCCAUCCCAGAGCAUUGGAUCUCGUAUUUCAGGAAACCAAAGAGGGUUGGACAAUCCUCAAUCCAUGCAGUCAUCAAGAGGGCAGAUAUUAUUAAGAGAGGUUGUCUUCAUCCAAAGCUACUGGAGAUCUCUGUAGGAACAGCAAAGUAUGAACAUGCCUACAGAGCGGUGAUGUGGAGGAUAGACAGACUGCCAGAGAAAUCCUCAGGUCAUCCAUCUACCCACAUAUUCAAGUGCCACCUGAACCUGAGUUCUAUUAAAGAGGUCAGCAAGAGCUUCUCCCGCAACGUAGAGGUGGAGUACCACACCCCUCACACCACGGCCUCCAAGACCACUGUACGAUCCUUGGCCGUCUCCAGUGAGAAAUCUCCAGAGAAGAGGAUACGCUACAUGGCAAGGUAUGAGUAUCAGGUGCAGAUCACAGACAACUACAUCAGGCAUUCUCCUGUCGAUGAUGAUGAUGCGCCGGGCCGAUGUUUGCAGCAGUGAGGUCUGUAGUCUUUUUACAACCUGUCCAGGACUGGUGUCUCUUCCUUGGUAAGUGCUCUCAGAGUGACAGGAAGAUAUUCUGCAUGGUCACCGAGAAGUAUGAGGUUUCGGCUGAAGAAAAGUACAUCAGGAGAGGGUUUCACAUAUCUUCUGGCUGAGAAGCACAUGGGUCUAGCUAUGACUACAGAAAUUAUCAGAUAUAAAAGACUUUGCUAGAUAAAACAUCAAACAAGUCGUAUCAUGAAACACUUCCCAUGAUAUUCUGCAGAACUGUGCCUGGUGGUGGAUUUCUUGCAGCUCUGAGGACAACACUGUUGCCAACAUUCCAUGACCUCUUCUCCACUCCCUAGUAAUUUGCCAUGAAGUCAUGCAGGUUUUUAGAUUAACCAGAAUGCAUAUUGGAAGUAACUACAUUGGGUGGUAGUCUCAUAGCGUUGAUGGUUGAUUUACUUCACCCUUUUAUGGAGUGUUAAUUGCAAAAUCAUUCGCCUAGUAUAUAUUAUUUUAAUUCUGUGGCAAAAAGCUGUUGAAAAAAAAUUAAUGGUGUCGUGAAUCAAAUGUGAAGAAUUGUACGAGCAUCCAGUGAAUCUAAUGAAUUAUUUGGUACAUUUUCUUUGACAUGAAUGUGAAAUCCAGCAUUCCAUAAAUGUGUAGACUCAAAUUCUUGUAUAGUUACAUGUACAAGUUAAACCCAGAUUUAAUUUCAAGAAUACCACCCAUGGAUUCAGGUUCUAGCAUGCUCAAUGACAUAUUUAUAUUUUUUUAGAAGGAAAGAAUUCCAGUUGAUCAUUCCAUUGCAAUAUGUUAAAGAAUCCAGGGGUCGUUUCAUAAAGCUGUUCGUAAGGUAAGAGCGACUUUAAGAAUGACUGGUGAACCUUUCUUACACGCUAAACCAUCGCCAAUGAAAAUACCAUUUACCAGGAAAUAGAAAGGAUCACCAGUCAUUCUUAAAGUUGCUCUUAAGUUGCAAGCAGCUUUAUGAAACACCCACCUUGUAACUGCCUAUUAAAAUUUGUAAAUCAAGGUUGUAUUUCAUAAAAGCUGUUAGUUGUGCAUGACUGGUGGCCAAUGUUAUGCUAUUUAGAUCAAAUUCUCAAUCAUUUAUCUUGAAAUCUGAUCUUUUCAGAUUAAAAAUUCUCUUCAUUAACGAGCAUUCCAAUAAUGCAGUUUCCUAUUUGUCCAAAUUUGAUUAGAACUAGAGAAAAUUCACUCCCAUUAUUUCAAACAGGAAAAAAUUGGGGGUAUCUAAAUUAAUAAUAUAAUAAUCAGUUCUUGUAUAGCGCAUCACACAUUAUGAAUAACGUCUCUAUGCGCUUCCAAAGGACUUGGAUAUUAUUACCCCGGCUGUGGCUCAAGCAGCCUUUCCAGCGCUCGGCAUUAGCACAGGAAAAUGGAAAAUUAGCAUAGGAAAAUGGUCACAAGUCAUGCAUAAAAUUGUAUACACAGGUUACUUAUACCGUGCUUAAUGAAAUGAAACCCUGAAUAUUGAUAAUAAUUUGUAAUGACACAGGGCACAAGUUCAUUCUGAGCUGUCUACUCAUUUUUGAAAGGAUUCUAAGAUUAAUUUGAAUGGUUCUCUAUAUGAGGAAAACUAAAUUCACUCUUCUGCAAAUGAUUGAAGAAAAAAAGAAGAAAUGAAAUGAUAUAAAGAUUGGAUUUACAUAGCUACAGGAUAUGAAAUAUCUUCUUGGCAAUCACUGGGAUUGUGA